AUGAAUCCUGAAUAUGACUACCUGUUCAAACUUCUUCUGAUCGGUGACUCUGGAGUCGGAAAGUCAUGUCUGCUGCUGCGCUUUGCGGAUGACACCUACACCGAGAGCUACAUCUCCACCAUCGGAGUCGACUUCAAGAUCAGGACCAUCGACAUGGACGGGAAGACGGUGAAACUACAGAUUUGGGACACAGCAGGUCAGGAGAGGUUUCGAACCAUCACCUCCAGCUACUACAGAGGGGCGCACGGCAUCAUCAUCGUCUACGACGUCACCGAGCAGGAGUCCUUUAACAAUGUGAGGCAGUGGCUGGACGAGAUAGAUCGCUACGCCUGUGAAAACGUCUCCAGGCUGCUGGUGGGGAACAAGUGUGACCUCGUUAGUAAGAAAGUGGUGGACGCCGGCACCGCUCAGGACCUGGCCUCGUCUCUUAAGAUCCCCUUCCUGGAGACGAGUGCUAAGAGCGCUGAUAACGUGGAGAGGGCUUUCCUCACCAUGGCCUCUGAGAUCCACAAGCGCGUGGCCAGCGAGGGAGGGGGGGUGCAGGCCGAGUCGAAGGAGGCCAGGGCCCAGAGUGCCAAGAUCAGCAGCACCCCCCUGUGGCUGGGAGGGGAGACACAGACGCAGGAGGCCGGUAACUGCUGCUGAGCUGGGAGAGACGACAACUGUUUAAACAGAGAGACAUGUAGAGAGACGUGGGUCAUUUUAAU